ACCGUGGUUUGGAUUCGAAUCGUCCGCGGCAGUAGCAGCGCGGGGAUUGGGAUUCCUCGUCAUUGUGCUGCUGGAGCUCGCUCGCUCGAUGGCUAUGGCGACCUCGACGGGGGCUGCCGCGGCGCUGAGCUGCGGGAGCAGGGGGGUGGCGUCUCUGGUGGCGAGGAAUGGCGUCGAUUGUGCGGCGAAGGCGAGAGCUCUGACGGGAGGCUCAUCGUUGGAUGUUCUUUUUCGGAGAAAUUGCAAUUUGGGUCGGGGAUUAGGCGCGGCAUUGCACCUGGCCAGCUCCAGCAGCGACUGCGAUGUUGGCGAGAGGUCUUUUCCCAAGGGGCUUGCCCUCGGGGGUGGUGUCCGGGGAGUGAGCUCGAGUCGCCUCAGGAAGCUCGGCCCCAGGGCUUCGGUCCAGCAGGGAGUCGAGCAAGAGUCGGAAAAUGUCGUCACCCAGAAGACGGAUUUAAAGGCGUUUCUGGACGAUUUGAAGAGCUUCGGCAGGGUGAGGCUGAUCGUGAACACCGGCGUGGCCGUCUUGGAAUCCGUAACAUCGUUCGAGAAGCUGUUCUACCAUGAAAUGCCCGGGCGUGGAGAGUGGGCCAACUUGAUGCUCAGGGAGGACAAUGUGGACUUCCACCUGCUUCUCGAGAAAGUGAAGUCGGCGUCCUUGGCCAGGGGCAAGUCCAUGAGAGGUGACAUUCCCACGUACAUGGUCAAGCUUCUCGACAUCAAUGACAAGGCAGCUGUGAGCGUGCUCGUGAUGUGGAAGCCCGGAACGGACGGAGAGUACGACCCUGGUCAGGUCGAGGCUUUCGAAGCUUUCGAGGCCAAGUACGGGACGGAAGUGAGAUUCGUAGAUUAGAGUAAAGCAGAGCAGAGAGAGUGGGCAUUGGACCCAUUCUAUUCCAGAGUUCAAUUUUAGUAGAGAAUUUUGAGAAAUGUGGAGAGGGCUUUGUUUGUCUCGGGGCUUUAAAAUCCGAGCAGAUUAGGACCUGGUCCCUUCCGGGAAACGUUGAUAUUGUUUAGCGAGAAGGGCUAAUUUUGGAGAACCCGAUCGUCUUGAUCGGACUCGACAGAAAUGAAGGUCGUAGAAUAUCUUGUUGUUCGACAUCCUCGAACAAUGGUGGGACAUUAGCAUUUGCGCUUUUGUGUCACAUUCCGAGUACGAUUCACAAAUAAAUGUUGCGCACGGAAGACGUGUGACUCUGUA